UUGAGGGAAUUCCUAUCCACCUUUCGACACAAGGGCAAACUGCAGUCAGAGGAACUAAACUAAGAUAGUUAAGCAGAGGGAUCAGAAGUCCUCAGUCAACAAGUCAGUUGCAGGAGACUGUUUUGUCAUUUAUUAGUGGACAGCUUUCAGUGUGAGAUGCUUCUGUAUUUAAACAUCCUGCUGCUGCUCAUCCUGCAGCCAGCUGUGUCGAGUCCAGUGCCGCUGACCACACCGUCCAGAGGAUGUCCCACCUGUAAUGCAAUGUUCACACAGAGUCAGCCGACUGUAGAUUCAAAUACCACCACUCUGGCUGUUGGAGAACCAUGUGGGGUCUACACUCUGAGCUGUGCCAACGGUCUGCGGUGUGAACCUUCAGAGGAGGAGCAGAGGCCUCUCCGUGCCCUGCUGGAAGGCAGGGGAGUCUGCACUAACACCAGCAGCGUCAGCCCGACUGAAAGUGUCAAGACUCAAGACCCAACACCUACUGAGGAUCCAGAUGAGGCUCCAUGUCGUAAACUGCUAACUACCCUUAUCAAAGGUCUUGAUGCCCAUUUAUUUAAGUCGCAUCAUGACAUCUACAUGCCCAACUGUGACAAGCGUGGUUUCUUCAGGAAGAAGCAGUGUUGGUCGUCUCGAGGUAAGCAACGUGGCAAGUGCUGGUGUGUGGAUCAGAACGGCAUGCCAGUCGCUAACACUAAACAGAGGGGCGGCCUGAGUUGUUGAAAUGCACGAAGCGUGGACUGAAGCAGAGGAGGCUGACGCUUCAUUACCGAUACAAGAUAAAAGAUGAAGGAACACCACACAGAGUCUGAAGCAGCUCAGCACAGUCUCACAUUUCAUUCUCCACCAGCCACAAACAGCUGUCCACCAAUGAAAAGCUGUUUCCAAAUCAGGUGUAACUUUGUCUCCUUGCGCCCUCUACUGAACAUGUUAGGACUGUAUUGAUUAGAUGUUACUUUCACAUCUGCUUAUAUGAGAUGUAGACUAUAUUAGAUUUAUAUUAACAUUUGAAAUUAUCCAGACAAUUGUGGCGUAUGUUGCAGAAACUGCACUUACAGUUUGGGCCACAUGUUCAAGUUGUUUAUCUCCAUGUUGAUACCACUAUCCUUUAAUAUCAUGAAUCCAUUUAUAUUUCAUGCCAUCAACCAAGUUUCAGGAACAGUA